UCAACUAGAUUUAUUAUCUCAAGAAGAAUCGUGGAUCAUGUUCAAAAGGUGACAUUACUGAAGUUCAUCAACUAGGAAUCCCAUUGCAAAGGUACUUUUUAUCUAGUCAAGAUUCGAUAGAUGAUAUGGAUGCUUCGCUGCCUAAACGAGUGCGUCUUCUAAACAAUAUACCUACAUUUGCUGGUGACUCACAAGAGUACAUAGAUGGUUCUCUAUCAAAACGAUUGUGUCUUUUGAACAUUAAUCUUCACUUUUUCUCAGAAAAUACAAUCAAGUAUUUUGCAAAAACGACAGAGGAUCUACAAUUAGAUGGAAAUAUGCUAAAAUGGAGAAAUCUAAUGCCUGAAAUUAUUCCAAUAGAAGGUAACCAUGAUCUAGUUGUGCUUUAUAUGAAUUAUUUUUUACAACUAGAGUGUCUCAUUGACACUACGAGUAUUGAUGCUCAAGUACUAAAUGUCUUGCCUAAGUUGGUUGAACUAGCACUUGAAGAAAUGGAUAAUUUGAAAGAAUUGUGCAAUGGUCCAUUUCCCUCUGACUUUUUGCAGCGUUUAGAGUGGUUGUUUAUACGUAAAUGUAAAUAUUUGCAAGGCAUAUUGUUUAAGAGCAGACUAAACUUGUGCAAUCUUAAGACCCUGGAAUUAUACACUUGUUCGACACUGGAAUCCCUAUUUCAAUUGUCAACUUGUCGAAGCUUAGUGUUGUUGGAGACCUUGAGUAUCUUGGAUUGCGAGCAACUGAAAAACAUAAUAACAUGUGAAAGAACAGAGGAGGAAUGGGGAGAUGAAAUAGUUGAUUACAAGAACCAUUGCUCAAUGUUUCCCAAUCUAAAAUAUCUUUGUAUCAUAGAUUGUCCCCAAUUACAAGUUAUACUUCCAUUAAUUUCUACUCUAGGUGCUCAACUACUAGAAAAAAUCCACAUAUCAGAUUGUGAAGAGCUGAAGUAUAUAUUUGGCCAGUGCCAGCAUGAACAUAAAUGCAAGAGUUUACAUCAAGAAGUGAAGGAUGGUGUACUUGGUUCACUGAAAAGCAUACAACUCAUAAAGUUGCCAAAUUUCAUAGACAUUUUCCCAGUAUGUGAUAAUCCUCCCGUGAAGAGGUCAUCUACCAGAGAUAUUUCCACGUCACAAAUACAACCAAAGCCCAUCAAAUGCAAUAUCUUUCCUUGGAAGUAUAGCCAUAAACCAAGGAUCGCCACAAGAACGGAAAUCUCAUUGGAUUCUGAGGAUAAACCACAAGACUGCUCAAUCUCAUUGGGAUCAAGCUUGUACGAUUUUCACCUUUGGCAACAUGCUCAACCUCUAUUUAGACAUUCACAAAAUUUGUGCAAUAUCACAGAAAUUAAUGUAUGCAAUGUUUCGAAGAUAAAAUCGAUAUUUAUCGUGUCUAUUGCUCGAGCAAUGUUGUUGGAAAAAUUGAGCAUCAAGGAAUGUGAUGAGUUGAAGCACAUAAUAAUAGGCAUUGAUGAUUGUGGUGAUGUCUUCCCAAAACUCAAAGAUCUCGAAGUAAGAGAUUGUGAAAAUUUGGAAUAUAUAUUUGGACACUACUCUCUUGACAACCAAAACCGAGAGGACAUUAAUCUUCAUCUUCCAUCUCUAAGACGUUUUAUUGCUGAAAAACUGUUUAAUUUCAUCGGCAUAUGUUCAGAAAACUAUUGGAUUACAUUGCCACCUUUAACAUUGUUUGAGCUCAUUGAGUGUCCCAAGUACUCCAAAAAAUCUAUUGGUGAUUUCUUUGAUCGAUUGGAUUCAAGACAUAUCAAGGAUUGGAGAGAGUACGAGAAGCAUUUUCUCACUUUGGAAUUUCUCAGGGUACUUGGUAACUCGAAAGUCGAAAAUAUUUUUUUCCUUGAUGAAAUGAUAAGGCAACCGGUGAGAUUAGGGGUUCUAACAAUUAACCUGAGUAACUUGCCUCAUAUGACAUGUCUUUAUGUGGGCCCUAAAAAUUCUUUUAUCCUCCAAAACCUGGAAACGAUAACAAUUGUGCAAUGUGAAAAAUUAGAAACAAUAUUUUCUAGGGAUGGCAGAGAAGCCCGAACCCAUGGGCACCCGACCCGACCCGACCCGAUUUCUUGGGUGAAAACCCGAGUUAAAUGGGUUCGGGUUCGGGUUCGGGUUUUACCCGAUCACUUUCGGGUUCGGGUUUGGGUUUGGCCAAACCCGCACCCGAACCCUACCCGAACCCGGAUCUGUAUAAGUGAAACCUAAGUAUUCUGCUUGUGCAGUACAAUAUAUGCAGCAUCUUACAUAUUAAUUUAACAGUAACAUGGCAAUUACAAUGUUACAUUACAUAAUAUAGCUCUCUUCACAGUCUUUUUCAGGUCGGGUUUCCGAGUUCAACUGUUUGUUUGAGGUUGUGUGCGGGUGUGGGUACGGGUCGGGUGAACCCGAAACCCAAUGGGUUCGGGUGUGGGUUUAAGUUCACCACCCAUUUCGGGUUCGGGUGCGGGUGCGGGUGUGGGUUUUUGAUUUCGGGUUUGGGUUUGGGUUUGGCAAAACCCGCACCCUACUCGACCCAUUGCCAUCCCUAAUAUUUUCUGCUUCUGUUUUAAGAUGUUUGCCUAAGUUGUUAAGUCUACAAAUACAAGAAUGCAAGGAGUUAAAGAAAAUCAUUGAAGAUGAUGAUGUGGAGGAUAUUCAUCAGGAAAUGUACUCAAAAUCCCUUUCUCCAAAGACAUGCUUCCCAAAUCUAGUAGUAUUGGGUGUUGACAAUUGCAUCAAGUUAAAGUGUGUAUUUCCGGUUUCCUUUUGUAAAGAGCUUCCCGAGCUAAAAAUUUUACAUAUAGAAAGAGCACCUGAGCUAGAGGAAAUAUUUGGAAGUGAAGGUGAUCAAAAAGUUGAGAUUCCAAAGCUAAACUUUGUAGUAUUUAUUGAUCUACCAAGUCUUUGCCAGCAGAGGAUUCAAUUUCAGACUAUACAACAUUAUUUGGUACGGAAUUGUCCAAAACUCUCUUUGUCUCCAACGUUGUUAACGUGGUACGGAUUCAAUGCAGUAUUAAAUGAAACAACGUACCCAACAGCUGGUCGUUUUUAUGGGAAAUGGAACAAACUAUACAAUGAGCUGAGAACCGAUGGCGAUGAUGAUGAUCCAAUAGAAGAAGAGGUCACUAAAGAUUAUCCAAUUGAGCUUGAAGUAGUUCAAGCAGAACAUGAGGAAAAGCAAGAAUCUGUUGGAAAUGUUUCUAUUUUAGAUCUACCCUCACCAAGCUAGUGCCUUAGACACUCCACUUCAUAGAACACAUUUAACAUAAAACUAUAAGGAUCUUUGACACUCGCAUGUUGGAUCAUUUCAAUAUUGGGCUAUUUUAUGUAAAUAAUUAUGCAUUAUGAACUAUCAAUUUAUGAUAGACAAGUAAACGUGACAUUAUUAUAAAAUUAAAUUUCGGUUAACUUAAUUAACUGAGAUAAUAAUGUAUUUGAUAUGAUUUGGACCUUUAAUGUGUUGAUAUAUAAAUAUAUUUAUGUUUUAAUGAUUUAUGCUAUGGAUUCAUGACGCUUCAUAUAAUACUUACUUG